GGGAAUGGCCCAGCUACAGAAUGCAAUGGCGGCGUCUAUGUCAACGAGGAGCGCCGACGUGGAGCAUGUGAAGCCCGGAAUCUCUGGCUUUCGGAGACUUCUUGUAUAGAUGUUGGGGAUUGGCUUCACUCCUUGGAGAAUCCCAUGGGCGACUUGAGUAACUCCUCGGCGACCUGGUGGCGUGAGGUUCUUCUUUGCUUGGAUCGUUUCUAUGCUGCCUAUCUGAAGAGCUCGAACCUGGCAAAGCUUUCUUUGAAACCUGAGGCCUUCGCUAGCAGCGUGAUCAAGGAGGACAAGUGGCUCAGGGUGGAUAAAAGGGCUACCUCUAUGCUUUUGGGAAGCUUGCCUGAGUCAGUGAGGACGGAGAUUUUGGCAUCGCGACUUACAGGGGCUCUCCAAGUGCUGGGAAGGGUUAUGGUGCUCUACAGGCCAGGCAGCACGGCGGAGAGGCAGCAGAUCUUGAAGGCGUUGGAGCUGCCAGCGACAGCAGCUACGGCUGCAGAGGCAGUUGAUGCUCUUCGUCGAUGGGCUCGAUGGCUUAGAAGGGCGAGCGAUGUGGGACUGCAAAGUCCCGACCCAAGCAUCUUGUUGAGGGGCCUUGACAACAUGGUGAAGCGCGUACUUCAAGACAACAGUGAGAUCCUCUUCCGCGUCAACAUGAUGAGGUACAACCUGGAGGUGGACGUUAAGCCCACGCAGCGAGCAGUGGAAGACCUUCACCAGGCUCUUUUGUCGGAGUUUGAGCAAGUGGCGUUCAGAGGAAGAGCGAAGGCGACAGCGACACCGAGUGCCAAGGCUAUGAUGGCUACACCUGCGAGCCCUGCGCCCUCGGCUCAAGCAAGUGGUGAUGCCAGCGGUGAGGCUGUGUCCCCGAAGGGCAAGAACACUCCGUGUAAGUUCUUCCUCAGCGACCAAGGCUGCCGAAGGGGAGCCGCUUGUAAGUAUAGCCAUGAGGUGGACCGCAAACAAAAGCAGGGCCGAUGCUGGACAUGUGGGAGCAAGCAGCAUGUUUCCAAGGCUUGCCCCACCAAGGACAAGCAGGCUGGAGGCAGGAGUCCUACGAGAUCUACUACAACAAAGCAAGAGGGACUUACAACAGCCACCACGCUUGCAGCUAUGGCCCCAGAGAAUGCGCACCCUAGUCCUACUAUCCCAACGGGACCACCGUCGUCUACCGCAUCCUCAGCAGCUACACCAGCGGCCUCUACGACAACAGCUUCGGAGAAUACACCUGCAGCUCAACCACCGGAAGAUGAUAUUCGAAGUUUGUUAAAAGAGGCCAACAAUAUGCUGAAGGAGAUGCGGCAGCUGAAGAUGUUGACGGUGGGUGAUGUGUUAGCAAGUGCAACGGAGAUGGGCAUGAGCUCCGAAGGUGAACGAACGGGGCUCUUGGACUCAGGAGCUUCACAUCCAUAUCGAUCUGGCACUGAUGAGGAGUUCAGCGCGGCUACGACAGUCAGAGUACAAUUAGCAACAGGUGAGGAAGUGGCCCUUGCACAGAGUCCUACAGGAACUUUGCUGGCGAAGAAGGCGUCCCCGGAGGACAUGGUGUCGCCGAUUGUUCCGUUGGGUUCGUUGGUGCAGGAGCUGAACUGCGAGCUCACUUGGGGACGGAGGUCCUUGUGGUCUUGGGACCAAGGGUGCCAGUGGUCUCGUCACUUAGAGGCCUUCCUGGAUGAUGGUACCAGAGCAAACCAGCUCCUGGCAAUGGAAGCAGCCGGGUCCCCGUUUGAGAACCUCUCGCCGGCAGUGAAGGGCGUUUUGGCCGAGGACAUGGUGUUGGACGACAAGGUCUUGGAGGAUGGCGCCAUUCUGGUGGAGAUGGACAUUGUUCGCUCAAAGUCGUUCGACCUUCGGAGAUCUUCGGGAGCAUACCGGGCGUUGGUGUGGGCUGCAGCUACAGGCAGGGUGAAGGGAGUUCUCGCUUCGCCUCCCUCUAGAACAAAGAUGGAUGAUGAGCUGAUAGCCAAGACUAUGUGGUUCUCUUUGGUGGCCAAGGCGGCUUGUAUUGUGCAGGCCAAACCCCCUCCUUUCGUGAUGAUUGAGGGCAAGAAGCUGAUGGGUUACUUGGAGAAGACAGCAGAGGAUGCAGCGCCUAUGGGUAUUCAGACUACGUGGUCCAGGUUUCUGGAAAUUAUGUGGCUUGAGAGAACGGGUGAGUUCAUGGUUACCAACCUGGACUACGAGAGCCCAGCAACGACUACUACCACGAGCGCGGGAAGGUGGACAGCAACCUUUAAGGAGGAGACCAUCAAGGCCAUCAACAAAUGGUUCUGGGCACCUGAGUCCAGACAAAGAGCAAAGUGGAUGGCAAGAAUGGACGCGGGCUCGUUUUUGGAGUCGUUGUCGAAUAAGGAGCUGGAGCAAUGGAGAGUGCACUUGCGGAACAACCACGUCCCGUACAACCGCAAAUGUCGGACAUGUGUGGAGUCUUCAGCUACAGGCCGGAAACACGUGAGGAUCAAGACGCCAUCGAGUUAUUGCUCGAGCUUAGAUGUAUGCGGGCCAUUUCGUCACAAGGGCGCGGACCCAGAUCAUGCCGAUUACCGGUUCGCCUUGGGGCCUACGUUAUUCCAAGGCUCGAAAGCGAAGUACGAGAUGGGGGUCCACACGGAAGCGAAGUACGAGAUGGGGGUCCACACGGAAGCGAAGUACGAGAUGGGGGUCCACACGAAGGUGAAGUACGAGAUGGGGGUCCACACGGAGGUGAAGUACGAGAUGGGG